AUGAACUCGUUAAAAGUACCUAAUAACCUGUCCGUUGGGCUUGAAAUCCAGAAUACCAAACAAAAUUUGCAUAAGAUCCCCUCUAGAUCUCCAAUUAAAAAGAAACUCAAGCCUUGGAAAAAAUUGCUCUAUUUACAGCAGCCGUAUCCAGAUAACUAUACAAAUGAAUCUUUUCUUGCCCAGUUAAAAAGGAAUACCACUGUUUCCAAAUACUCUUACUGGAAGUUGGUUGACGAUUUCACCUUAGUUGCAUUUCAUUUAUCCAAUCUAUUGCUAGUAAUUUUGAUAUUUACGGGAAUUUACCUACAGUAUUGGAAUUCUGUUUGGCCCACCCUUAUGAGCAGUUGUUGUUCUAUAAUUGGCUUCAUAAUAUGGGAUCAAAUCAAUAUUUCGUUAGCUGACCAUAAAAAUGAGGGAUAUUACCCAAUUCCAAUCUCGUCGCCAGCACUCUCCUCGGGACCCAAACCAAAAGUUAAAUCCUUCCUAAUCAUUAUUUUCAUUAUCUUGUUGCUAUCUCCAGUUUUGAAGUCCUUAACCAAGUCUACUUCAUCCGAUUCUAUAUGGGCAUUAUCGCUUAUUUUAUGUCUUGCAAAUACAAUUUUCCAUGAUUAUGGGGUUGAUACUACAAGCAGCCAGUAUAUGCCUAUAAUUUCCACAAACAUAUCGUUAUCCAAUGCUAUCGUACUUGCAUCACGACUCAAUUCUACAGUGCAGGUAUUUUGCUUCAUAUUAUUUGCAAUUCAGAUUAAUAUCCUAUUACCACUUUUUGAUUUCAGUAUACGGAAACAUUCACGAAGUAAACUAUACCACAGAUGUUUAGUCAUAUCUGUAUCGGGUGUUGUAUACUACUUAAUUUCUAUAUUAAUCGGAUAUAAUGCUUUAAUUGUGUGGGUAUUAACGCAAGGAGGAAUAGCAUUUAUAAUGCCUAAUUACUUCCUAUCCCUUCAAAAGUACAAAAAUGAACUACAAGGCCCUUGGGAUAUUGCUAAGCCUAUUCUAAAUACAAGUUAG